AUGUAUAAUUCUACAUAUCUGUUCAAUGAUGAUUCUGAUGAUGAAAUCCCUACCCAACAAGCUAUUCAAGAUAGCUUACAAGAUAAGCAUAAAAUUGAAACCAGUGCCAGUGCAACAGAGGAUGAAAGUUUCCAGUAUAUUGCAAGCAAAGAACAUGGAAAGAUAAUUGCAGCAAUUCGCACAGGUCAAGAAGAAGCGUUGAUGAAGUUGGUAAGGCACAGUUCUGCUUUUGAGGAAGCAGAUCAGCAAGGCUGGCUUCCUGUGCAUGAAGCUGCAGCACAGCUAAAUAAGAACAUCCUUGAAAUAACUUUGAAAGCCUCCCGUGCCAUUACGUGGGAACAGACCACUCUAAAAGGGGAGACACCUCUCUUGGUGGCAGUAAGAAAUUGCUUUGUAGACAAUGUCCGCUUUCUCCUGCUCAAUGGCUGCAAUCCCAAUGUUAAGAAUGAAGAGGGAGAUUCUCCUUUAGUUAUAGCAAUUAAACAUGACUCGUAUGAGAUUGCCUCCUUGUUGAUAAGUUCUGGUGCAAAAGUGAAUUUGCAGUGUGUCCACAAGAGGACUGCUUUACAUGAGGCAGCCAGACUAGGCAGGAAGGAUCUGGUGAAGCUGCUUCUUCGUUCUGGGGCAGAUCCUGACCCUCGCAGUGGAUAUGGGCUUACACCUCUAGCACUGGCUGCACAGAUUGGACAUACAGAAAUUAUGGAGCUCUUAUUGCAAAAAGGUGCGAAUGUUCUUUCACAGGCAAUGGAUUGUGCUUCUGUUUUAUUUGAAGCAGCAGGAGGAGGAAAUCCAGAUUCUCUGAGUCUUUUACUAGAAUAUGGGGCUGAUGCCAAUGUACCAAAGCACUCGGGUCAUUUGCCAAUCCACAGAGCUGCAUAUAGAGGACACUUUCUAGCCCUAAAAUAUUUAGUUCCAGUUACUAACUUUGAUGCCAUUAAAGAAAGCGGGAUAAGUCCAGUUCACUCAGCAGCAGCAGGAGCACAUCCUCAGUGCCUUGAGUUUCUCCUCAAAUCUGGGUUUGAUGCCAAUUUUAUGCUGGAUCAAAGAGUUCGCAAAGGCUACGAUGACCACCGGAAAUCAGCGUUGUACUUUGCUGUUUCCAACGGGGAUAUCUGUUCAGCACAGUUGCUGUUGAAUGCUGGAGCCCUGCCAAACCAAGAUCCCAUCAACUGUCUCCAAAUAGCCUUGAGAAUGGGCAACUAUGAGUUAAUGAAUCUACUGCUCCGACAUGGGGCUAAUGUCAAUUACUUCUGCAGAGUGAAUACAACACAUUUUCCGUCAGCUCUACAGUAUGCUCUGAAAGAUGAAGUCAUGUUAAGAAUGCUGAUGAACUAUGGGUAUGAUGUGCACCGCUGCUUUGAUUGCCCUCAGGGAAACAGUUCGCAUUCCCAGUAUGUGACUGAUGGAUGGACUUCUACUGUUAUCAAAGAUACAAUGUUCUGUGAAGUGAUAACCUUGUCAUGGUUGAAGCAUCUGUCUGGGAAAGUAGUGCGAGUAAUGUUAGAUUAUGUUGAUCACGUCAAUAUCUGCUGGAAGCUAGAAGCAGUUCUCAAAGAACAGGAACUCUGGCCAGAUAUCAAUUUGAUUUUAACAAAUCCUCGCUCUCUGAAGCAUCUUUGUCGUCUGAAGAUACGGGAAUGCAUGGGCCGGUUGCGUCUCCGUUGUCCAGUCUUCAUGACCUUCCUUCCACUGCCAAACUGCUUGAAGGAUUACAUACUGUACAAGGAGUAUGAUCUUUAUGGACAGGAAAACUUCACAGGAAUCUACAACCUCAACUGUACAUAAUUAGUAGUUCUCU